GCUUAAAAUAAAUUAAUUAAAUAUAAAAAAUAGUUAUUAAUAAAUAAUGAUAUUCAGAAAUAAAUUUCCAACUCAGUACAAAUAUUUAUUAAUAUACUUGUGUCUAAAUUUUACAAGCACAAGCUGCAAGACCAUUCAGCAGUGCAAGUACUGGUAACAAUUUUCACCAAAAAAGUACAAAUCGUUAUGGAUCCAGUAACAGGCCAUCGACGAAUAUUGGAUUUGAUGUUCCGAAACAGAGUGGUGUUGUAUUUAACGAUAACUUUACUUAGUAUAGCAGAUGGUAAAACCGCUUUUCAUUUAGGAUUGAAUAAACCACAAUAUGCUCUCCCCUCAACAUCACUUAACAAAUAUGCUGCAUAUAAAGACGCUUCCAAUAAACCCAUUAUUAGUAUUGCCGAGAGUAAAUCAGCUUUACGCUCUGGAUCGCUGUUGACUACACCCACCAAACAACCAGCCUAUAAUCCAUUUUAUAAUGCAAGAAAAAAAAGACAAAUCACCUCGAAUAUUAGUGGUACACUAAUUGAGCAAUCUGCUUAUGAAACUGGAGCUAAAUCUCAAACAUCGUCCGUUAUAGAUAUGGUUUCACAAACCAAACAACCAGCUUAUAAUCCAUAUUAUAACCAUGAAUCGAAUUUUGGAACUAAGAUCGGUUCAAAUAUACAACCGCAUAAAGCUGGCUAUAAUCCAAUUAUCAACCGAACUUCGAUUUUGCCAAACUAUGGCUUCAAUCCUAAAUCGUCAAAUAAUAUUGGACAUUCAGCUGAUGACAAAAACCAAACGUUGAAUCUCGAACAUCAUCACAGAGGCGAUGAUAAUAAUAUACAACGUAAGAAUAAAAGCUUUAAACAAGCGAAAAUUCUACAUUACUCAGGAAAUAGGGCUUUAAGCCAUUCUUCAAAAUUGGGUUUGCUUGGUUACCCGACAUCCACUAUACAUCAACAUAAUCUUUUUAAAACCCAACAAUAUAUCAAUAGGAAACAUAUAAUCGAAAAAUCUAGUUAUGCUAAAAAUCAAAUAAUAAUUAUUGUAGCACUACUUAUAGUUAUAAUAGCGAUCGUUAUCGGUAUUAUAGUUUAUAAAAAAAUGAAAUAAUAUAUGGACUAAAAUAUUU